AUGCCCUGGUUGCCGACAGCCAACAACCAUGACGGCGGCGGCGUGCCGGGCACCGUUUGCCACCUAAGUCACUCGCUCAAACAUGGCAUGUGCUCGGGCAAGCACUCAAGUACUGCAUGGCCAGGAAACUGUACUCCACUAGAAGCCUUUUUCCUUGGAACAGAAAGGACUAAUGUCAACAUGGCCAGAAAGGUAACACAGGUGACAGCUGCAGAGAUGGCUCCCACAAGGCCACAGCACAACGGAGCCAGCCACAGGCCGUCGGGCGCCGACCGCCAGGCCACCUGGGCUAGGGUUGCGCGGGGCUGCGGCGGCAUGGAGCGCGUCUUCUCAGUGGAGGAGAUCCCGAAUCCCUACUGGGCCCCACCGCACCCUCAAUCGGCGGCCACUGGCGCUGUUGCUGCACCGGGUGGACGGUGGAGAACAGGCGGAGUGGGGGACGGGCGGCGGAGACAAGAAUGGCGGAGGCGGUCGGGGCUGGUGGUUGUGGCAUUUGAUCGGAACCUGCAGGUGUACCUGGAACUCGUGCGGCGCCGCGGCCUCGACGCAAAUACUUUGGACCGAUGGUAUAAUCGCACAACAGGAUUUCUGAUAAAUAAAAGAAUAUUUUUCCGGACGGCAAAAGAUGUUGAUGCAGAAUUGUCUGAAGUUGAUAUACCGAUUUGCCAAUUUGACAUACCAUCUGAAGAGUCAAAUGCUCAAGCCAACUGGACACUCUUUUGUCACACUAUCUGUGUGCCAGCUGCCGGCAGGUUCGUGAAGGAUGAGGACGAGCGGGAGGCCAUGUGGAGAGCAGCAGCACGAGCUCGCCUCCCAGAAGAUGUACUCCCUCGGCAGCGAUCCGAUUUUGAACAGGCUGCUCAAAUUCUAGGAAAACCUGACCUUGCACCGAUGACAUAUUCGUAUUCUUCGAUGUCGAGCCUGUUGGGUCUGCUUCUACUGUACAGGUUCGUGCUUAGGUAUUCCUCUUCAUCUGUGAAAUCUGGGGAGUGGGGUAACAUCUGUGCUUAG